UGUUAAAAUGAAAGCCUGUUUGGUGGUUCUGUUCAUUUUAUUACGCUCAUAUGGAGGCCUGGGCAUGACACAAGGCUUGGCACUGUCUCAAAGGUGUCUUAUGGAUACAAACAGUUUUCUAUCUGAAAUGAACAUGGAGCAUCCAAAAGAAUAUGCUGUUCGCAUGUAUGAUGCCUUUGGAAAAAUGGGAAGCAAUGUGGAGGGUGGUAACACGGAUCAGCCUGGCCUGUUGAAGCUGUGCCAGUCUGCUCAGGCUCCAACGUUUGCUGGACAGUACUGCCAAGUGUUCCUCCGACAGGGAUCAAUUGAGUAUUUUGUGGGAAUAUGUGUCCCUGACAGUUGCACAGAAGAAGAUGUCCAGUUGCUGGUGCUGCAAGACAUGUUGAAGUUUGGGCGUGCCUCUCUUCUCGCUCCCUUUCCUUCUAUUCUGGUGAAUGACUCGACUCAAGAGGUGCUCCUGAUCCACUGUGUGCCUGACACAGUCGCCCCAAACAUGUUAGAGGUCACCUGCCUGUUUGUGUGUUGCAUGAUGGUAGCCAUUCCUCUGGCAGCCAGUCUGUUCACAGCUAUCACAACAUGGCAGCGGAGCAGAGAGGUCAGCCCAGCAGAACAGUCAUCCAGUUUAAAGACUGGCCUAGGCCUUUAUGGAACCAUGACAAGUUCCACAAACAGUUCCAGUGGUCCAAAUACACACACAUUUCCUCUACAAAGUGGGUCCCUCAUAGAGGCCUUUUCCCUACAGACAACGACCCAGGGAGUGUUGAGCACCUCCUCCUCUAUCGCAGGAAGAGCCUAUCCAUCUCUACAUGGCAUCCGCGUCCUUAGUCUGCUUUGGAUCAUGUGUGGCCACUCUGCACAGUACCCCAUAAUCGCCAGCAUUGAUAAUUAUAAGAAUUGGAAGAAAGCUUUUGAAAGCAGUCCUUUGUAUGUGUUUAGUCUCAGUGGACCUGUCUUUCUGGCAGUGGACACAUUUCUGUUAUUGGGAGGUCUGCUAAGUGCCAGGUCUCUGCUGAGCUCCAUCCAAAGGGCAGAUGACACACUAAGCCUCAGUGUUGUGAUCCACUACCUCUUCAGCAGAAUCAAAAGGAUCCAGCCCCUGCAUAUCUUCAUUACAUGCCUCACUAUUGGUCUUAUGUCAGUUGUUCACUGGGGGCCAUACUGGUUUCCAUUUGUAAACACAAUAAUGGACUGUAAGUCGUACUGGUGGGCUAACUUACUACUGGUCAGCAACCUCUUGCCUGUUCAUGAGAUUUGUGUUCCAUGGACAUGGUACCUCUCCCUGGACUUUCAGUGCUACACAACCACUCCGCUGCUGGUCUUCCUGUACAGACUAAACAAAAGUGUGUUUGGAGUAGUGGCAGGUGGGCUCCUGCUGGCGACAACUGUGACCAGUUCAGUAACAACUGCACUUUGGCAUCUUCCAGUUUUUCACACAAAAAUAAUGACAUCUGAAAACUACGUAUUUUAUUAUUUAAGGCCAUACACAAGAUAUGGGCCGUUUUUGAUAGGAAUUAUGACAGGAAUCUUUCUGACAACUAAAAAAGGUCCAUUUCUAAAUCAAAAGUGGAAAGCAGUAGUUGGCUGGCUCUGCUGUCUUAGUGGCUUGGCUCUGUUGGUUGGACUGGCGUACGUCCUGAGAGAGGCCCCUUCUCACCCCUCUGUACCACAUGCUCUUUACCAAGGACUGCACAGGCCUCUGUGGGCACUGGCUAUCACCUGGAUCAUACUGGCCUGUGAGGGGGGCUAUGGAGGUUUUGUAAAUAAUUUUCUAUCAUCACAUUUUUGGAUGCCAUUUUCCAAUAUUAGCUUUGCAUGCUACCUGACGCAUCCCGUCUUCAUCAUCAUCUACAUCGGCUUACAGGAAACACCAAUCCACUACUCAGACAUUAAUUUUAUGUACCUGUUUCUUUCCAAUGCGGUGCUUACUCUGAUGGCUGCUUCUGUAUUAUGUGUGCUGGUAGAAAAACCAUAUGUUCUUUUGAAGACCAUAAAUACACGGAAACAAGAAACAACUUAAUCCCAAACUAUAAUCUUUUGUAAUCUAUUGAGCUAUUACAAGUUAAGGACGCACUGAUAUGAUACUUGUAUCAAAUAUCAGCGCCAAUACUGAAAAAUUACUUGGAUUGGGUAUCAGAGUAUCAGGGUAUCAGGCAUCGGUUCAUGUGGGCCUUUAAUUUUGGCCCAAAAUGUGUUGUGGUUAUUUUAAGAAUAAAUUAACAGUCACAUAGCACAACUGGAUCUCUUGUGUAAUAACUUAACUGUGUUUUAAGGAAAUAAGUGCCAUGUUCUGUCCUUUCGUGGGUAUCAGUUAAUAUCGGGUAUCGGCAGAUACAUAAAAUAAAAGUAUCGAUGUCUGUGUAAUCCCUCAUUCGUCCAGGUCUGAUCCAUAGUAAAAGCUGAAGUUAAAUCUGUCAACUGGACAAAAAGUUGUAGGAGUAAAGACGUUUCACUGCUGAGAUUUCAGAUACAAGGCAGUGUCCACCAGUAACCAGAACCAGAACUGAAGAAGCCGCUUGGAUGAGCAGUGAAAUGUCUUCACUCUUACAACUUUUUGUCCAGUUGACAGAUUUAACUUUGGCUUUUACUAUAAAAGUAUCGAUGUUGGUAUCGGGACUGAAAAAGCUCGAUCGGGUGUCCCUAUUACAAAUGACUGGACAAAGCAACAGUGUGAAAUAAAAAGUUACAUAUCUUG